UUGCAGCACAUCGGUCUGCCGAUGUUUUCUCCGACGCGCCGUCCGAAGAGGAUCUACCAGAUGACCCACGGAGUCCUGAACCUUCCUCGUAACCCGCUGCUGGACUGGAUGUUCGGACACUCGCUCAUCAACUGCCACGUGGAGCAUCACCUCUUCCCCUUCCUGUCCGACAACAUGUGUCUGAAGGUGAAGCCGGUCGUGUCCAAGUACCUGACUGAGAAGCAGCUGCCCUACCAGGAGGACGGCUACCUGUCGAGGCUGCAGCUCUUCUUCGACCGGUACCAGGAGCUGAUGGUGUUCGCUCCGCCCAUCACGGAGCUGGUCGGCGUCCAGUGACGGAGGAAGAAACUGUGUCGGACUCUGAAGCACAAACGUUUCUUCUGACGCGUCCGGUGUUCAGGUUUGAGCCUCGAACACAAACAAACAGACUCUGAAUCAGUGUUUAGUCCAACGUUAGGAGAUGAAUUAACCACUCGUGACUGAUUCUGUAAAGUAUUAAAGUAGCUCGAUGAAUAUCCUGCACUGCUAGAGAUGAUUUAACACAAAGACAAACCAAAAGCUGACUGUGAUUGUUGGGAGCUGUGUUGAUUGAACUGACCUGGGGUCUGUCUCAUGACGCAAAUCCAACAGCUGCUUCUGACGGACAAAGAUGGUUUAAUAUUCACCUGCAGCAAGAAAAACCUCAAGGCCUCGCACUGAUAAGAUGCUGAUUUAUUCUCUGCAGCUUCAAAAAUAUAUAUAAAAAAAGCAGCAUACACUGUAAACUAUAUGAGAAAUAACUAAACUAGUGUGCAGAUAUUUUUUAGGCUUAAAUCAAUGAUUUUAAUAUGUUAAGUUGCUUUAAUUGGUGAAGUGAUUUAUUACAGAUUAAAGGAAAAUUAUUACAAUGAAAAAUAGCAUAAAAUGUAUGUUUCUGUGGUUCUACCUUUAAAAUGAAAAUUUUUAUUCAGUCUUUUUAUUUUCAUUUUUAAAAAUUUCGUCUGGUGAACCAAACACGUUGAGCCAAAACAGCAGCAGCACAAAAAAAUACUAAAAUAAAACUAAAAGCAGAAACAACAACAACAACA